GCUCGCGCGCCCAACGGACCAGGCUGGGGCCGUGAGGUAACUGUUGCAGCCAGCGGAGCUGGGAGGCGACACCGAGUCUCCAGUCCCGAGAGGUGCCCAAGGGAAAAGGAGGCGGCAGCCAAACUGGUCCUGGAGAGAAGCCCCUUCUGCCCCUCUCCUCAGCCAGCAUGUCCCGGACUCCGCCGCUCCUCAGUCCGCGAGGUGGGGACCUCAGGCCGUGGCGGCGGGCGCAGCCCUGACGGGUUGUGAGUCGGGGGGCGCCCCGAACGCAGGGGCUGGGGUCUGGGAACGCGAGCGGCCGCUGCGGUAGGAGCGGGGUGUGCUGAGUCCCGUGGCCACCCCCGGCCUCAGCCAUGAGGAGGGACGAGCGAGACGCCAAAGCCAUGCGGUCCCUGCAGCAGCCAGAUGGGGCCGGCUCGCCCCCCGAGAGUCUGAGGAACGGCUACGUGAAGAGUUGCGUGAGCCCCUUGCGGCAGGACCCUCCGCGCGGCUUCUUCUUCCACCUCUGCCGCUUCUGCAACGUGGAGCUGCGGCCGCCGCCGGCCUCCCCCCAGCAGCCGCGGCGCGGCUCCCCCUUCUGCCGGGCGCGCCUCUCGCUGGGCGCCCUGGCUGCCUUUGUCCUCGCCCUGCUGCUGGGCGCGGAACCCGAGAGCUGGGCUGCCGGGGCCGCCUGGCUGCGGACGCUGCUGAGCGUGUGUUCGCACAGCCUCAGCCCCCUCUUUAGCAUCGCCUGUGCCUUCUUCUUCCUCACCUGCUUCCUCACCCGGACCAAGCGGGGACCCGGCCCGGGCCGGAGCGGCGGCUCCUGGUGGCUGCUGGCGCUGCCCGCCUGCUGUUACCUGGGGGACUUCUUGGUGUGGCAGUGGUGGUCCUGGCCUUGGGGGGAUGGCGACGCAGGGUCCCCGGCCACGCACACGCCCCCGGAGGCGGCGGCCGGCAGGUUGCUGCUGGUGCUGAGCUGCGUGGGGCUGCUGCUGACGCUCGCGCACCCUCUGCGGCUCCGGCACUGCCUCCUGGUGCUGCUCCUGGCCAGCUUCGUCUGGUGGGUCUCCUUCACCAGCCUCGGGUCGCUGCCCUCCGCCCUCAGGCCGCUGCUCUCCGGCCUGGUGGGGGGCGCUGGCUGCCUGCUGGCCCUGGCGUUGGAUCACUUCUUUCAAAUCAGGGAAGCGCCUCUUCAUCCUCGGCUGUCCAGUGCCGCCGAAGAAAAAGUGCCUGUGAUCCGACCCCGGAGGAGGUCCAGCUGCGUGUCGCUAGGAGAAACUGCAGCCAGUUACUACGGCAGUUGCAAAAUAUUCAGGAGACCUUCGUUGCCUUGUAUUUCGAGAGAGCAGAUGAUUCUUUGGGAUUGGGACUUAAAGCAAUGGUAUAAGCCUCAUUAUCAAAAUUCUGGAGGCGGAAAUGGAGUUGAUCUUGCAGUGCUAAAUGAGGCUCGCAAUAUGGUUUCAGAUCUUCUGAUUGAUCCAAGCCUUCCUCCACAAGUCAUUUCCUCUCUACGGAGUAUCAGUAGCUUAAUGGGUGCUUUCUCAGGUUCCUGUAGGCCAAAGAUUAAUCCUCUCACACCAUUUCCUGGAUUUUACCCCUGCUCUGAAAUAGAGGACCCAGCUGAGAAAGGGGAUAGAAAACUUAACAAGGGACUAAAUAGGAAUAGUUCGCCAACUCCACAGCUGAGGAGGAGCUCAGGAACUUCAGGAUUGCUACCUGUUGAACAGUCUUCAAGGUGGGAACGUAAUAAUGGCAAAAGGCCUCACCAAGAAUUUGGCAUUUCAAGUCAAGGAUGCUAUCUAAAUGGGCCUUUUAAUUCAAAUCUACUGACUAUCCCGAAGCAAAGGUCAUCUUCUGUAUCACUGACUCACCAUGUAGGUCUGAGAAGAGCUGGUGUUUUAUCCAGUCUGAGUCCUGUGAAUUCUCCCAACUAUGGACCAAUGGCUGCUGGCUCUCUAACUAAUCGAUCACCCAUAGAAUUUCCUGAUACUGCUGAUUUUCUUAAUAAGCCAAGCAUUAUUUUACAGAGAUCUCUGGGCAAUGCACCUAAUACACCAGAUUUUUAUCAGCAUCUUAGAAAUUCUGAUAGCAAUCUGUGUAACAACUGUGGACAUCAAAUACUGAAAUAUGUUUCAACAUCUGAAUCAGACAGUACAGAUUGCUGCAGUGGAAAAUCAGGUGAAGAAGAAAACAUUUUCUCAAAAGAAUCAUUCAAACUUAUGGAAACUCAACAAGAAGAGAAAACAGAGAAGAAAGACAGCAGAAAAUUAUUUCAGGAAGGUGAUAAUUGGCUAACAGAAGAGUCACAGAAUGAACAGCAAACAAAUAUUGAACAGGAAGUAUCACUGGACCUGAUUUUAGUAGAAGAGUAUGACUCAUUAAUAGAGAAGAUGAGCAACUGGAAUUUUCCAAUUUUUGAACUUGUAGAAAAGAUGGGAGAGAAAUCAGGAAGGAUUCUCAGUCAGGUUAUGUAUACCUUAUUUCAAGACACUGGUUUAUUGGAAAUAUUUAAAAUUCCCACUCAACAAUUUAUGAACUAUUUUCGUGCAUUAGAAAAUGGCUAUCGAGACAUUCCUUAUCACAAUCGUAUACAUGCCACAGAUGUCCUACAUGCAGUUUGGUAUCUGACAACACGGCCAGUUCCUGGCUUACAGCAGAUCCACAAUGGUUGUGGAACAGGAAAUGAAACAGAUUCUGAUGGUAGAAUUAACCGUGGGCGAAUUGCUUAUAUUUCUUCGAAGAGCUGCUCUAUUCCAGAUGAGAGUUAUGGCUGCCUGUCUUCAAACAUCCCUGCAUUAGAAUUGAUGGCUCUAUACGUGGCAGCUGCCAUGCAUGAUUAUGACCACCCAGGGAGGACAAAUGCAUUUCUAGUGGCUACAAAUGCCCCUCAGGCAGUUUUAUACAAUGACAGAUCUGUUCUGGAAAAUCAUCAUGCUGCGUCAGCUUGGAAUCUGUAUCUUUCUCGCCCAGAAUACAACUUCCUUCUUCAUCUUGAUCAUGUGGAAUUCAAGCGCUUUCGUUUUUUAGUCAUCGAAGCAAUCCUUGCCACAGAUCUUAAAAAACAUUUUGAUUUUCUUGCAGAAUUCAAUGCCAAGGCAAAUGAUGUAAAUAGUAAUGGCAUAGAAUGGAGUAAUGAAAAUGAUCGCCUCUUGGUAUGCCAGGUGUGCAUCAAACUGGCAGAUAUAAAUGGCCCAGCAAAAGUUCGAGACUUGCAUUUGAAAUGGACAGAAGGCAUUGUCAAUGAAUUUUAUGAGCAGGGAGAUGAAGAAGCAAAUCUUGGUCUGCCCAUCAGUCCAUUCAUGGAUCGUUCUUCUCCUCAACUAGCAAAACUCCAAGAAUCUUUUAUCACCCACAUAGUGGGUCCCCUGUGUAACUCCUAUGAUGCUGCUGGUUUGCUACCAGGUCAGUGGAUAGAAGCAGAAGAGGAUAAUGAUACUGAAAGUGGUGAUGAUGAAGAUGGUGAAGAAUUAGAUACAGAUGAUGAAGAAAUGGAAAACAAUCUAAAUCCAAAACCACCAAGAAGGAAAAGCAGACGGCAAAUAUUUUGUCAGCUAAUGCACCACCUCACCGAAAACCACAAGAUAUGGAAGGAAAUCAUAGAGGAAGAAGAAAAAUGUAAAGCUGAUGGGAAUAAACUGCAGGUGGAGAACUCCUCCUUACCUCAAGCAGAUGAGAUUCAGGUCAUUGAAGAAGCAGAUGAAGAGGAAGAGCGACAGUUUGAGUAAAAGAAAAGUCAUAUUGAAGAAGCCCAGAGGGCUGUGCCCAGGGGCAGAAAUCAUUGCCUAGUGUCCACCGGCUGACUCUCAACUGACCAUUCCCACAUGGACAAGCCUUAAUACUGUGAGAGGAUCCUUGCUCUGCUGGCAGUUUCCCACUCCUAUGCACUUUCACAGGAACUAGAAAACUAUUCUUAAACCAAGAAUACCAUCCAUGUUGACCCAUAUUGCAGAGCCCUUACUUAAAUCCUUCACUAUUGUAUGAAUACUUUGUCAUAAUGCUGCUUUGCUGGGUAGUGAGCUCUUAUUUUUCAUUGGGGGUCAGCUAUAACUAAAAACUCAAGUGACUUAUUUCAGUUACCAAAGUGGCCAGAACUUUCGCUUUUAUGAAAAUAGAUUCAUAUUGUAUUUCCCAAUGUGUCUUUUAUGUCUUUGAAUGUUUUGGAAAAAAGUCUAUGCCUGUCUAAAAAUGAAUCCAGUGUUGCCUUUCUGAGGGAUUUCUUCUCAAUGCAAUACACUGUUAAGUUCUAUUCUCCCAGCUAGGUUUAUCCAUGAAGGACUGAGUGACCUUUGUUAUAUUUAACAAAAUCCAGGUGCAUCAAUUUCUGAUGCUUUUUACUAUUGUGUAUUAUCUACUAUGUGUGUUUUAUUUCUGCUGAGAGUAUUCAGGUUUGCCAUGGACAUCAGAAGUUUGAAUUCCAGUCUUACCUUCUUUAUGUUCCAUGGCUGAAUUUUAAAGCUGUUUAGGCUUAACAAUGAAGGGAUUUAUUCUUUAGUCAAAAUUGUUAUUUUUACUCUAGCUCAGGAUUUGUAUUUUUAAAGAUUUAGUUAAUAUAAACACAGCACAGAUUUGUCAGAAGAAAAAAAAUUUGCCGUAAUACCAAGGUUCACCUUUUAUGAAAUGAGCAACAUUUUCUGUUCUUAGAUGAAUUUGAAACUAAUUAAAACCAAAGAAAAGGAGAUGUCUGUCUUUUGCCUUAAUGCAAAAUCAAAUGAAACUAAUCUCAUUAAAGAUAAAGAAAAAAGGAAUAUAGUGAGCCCUAAAGGACACGUACAUUGAAUAAAUAAUUGGAAUAUGUGGUUAUCUUUAGAUCCAUAUCUUAGUUGUCAUUUGUUUACUCUCAAACUGAUGUUCAUCUUUCUGUUAAUUUCCCUCUGCCUCAAGACUACAUGACAGAAAUGACCUAUCACUACUUAUUAUUUCUGAAGCCCAACUGCAAGACUGAUUUCUGAGAUCAAGUAAAGAAUUGGAAUACUUAUUUUUCAUAUAAAAAAUCUAAAUAUGUUAAUAAAUCAUUUCAUACAAAAGUACAUUAUUAAAUAACCAUAUUAUCAAAAUAAUCACAAGAAAAUGGACCAUAUUUACAAUGUUUUGUAAACUUGCCAGUGUGUGGAUAUGUACCCUACUUGUGAAAUACAUUUGAAGAUAUAAAGAUCAGCCAAAAUGAUGGCAAAAUGGUAGGCUAAUAUCUUCUAUUAUUAUUGGAGACCAUAUCAUAUUUUGGAUUCAUGCAAUUUUGCACACAGUGAAACCAUUAAUUUUCCAAGGUAAUUUCUUUAGAAUAUGGUAUUGGCAUGCAGUUUCUUACUUAUCUAGAAUAUUUGGCUUAUCUGAAAGAUACCAAUUUAAGAUCUCUGGAAGUGUUAGAAUUUUUGAUCCUUCACAGUAUCAAUAUUUAAUCACUAAGCUUUAUUUAUUAGACAUGUUGAGUGAGUGCUGAGUUCCUUGCUGCCACUUUUGUUACCAUUGCCACACACUAUUUGUAAACCAGUCCCACCACUUAUUACUGAUUAAUAAAAUUUUAACUGAUAAUUAUUUGCACUUAAAAUGUAUAUAUCCUGUCCUUAUAUUUCUCUAGAGUACAUUUUCCAUCAUGUUUACGUGUAUUUCUGUUAUUACUUCCUCUCCUGCAGAAUACAUACAAGUGUAUGUGUAUAAAUUCAUACAUGUGCAAGCAUGCAUAUUGAGAUUCAAUCACAUUUCCAUACUGUCUUUUAUUGGGUUUUAUAUAUAUAUAUUUUUUUUAGUUUAUGUUAUUUUCUCAAAAGCAGCAUUUUUAAUUACAAAUACUGGAUUUACUGGAUUUAAUUAUAAAUCCAAUUACUAUUGGGAACUCAUUUUUACAUAAUAUAGUCCUUAAAUUAUUUAACCCUUGCUAAGUAAUUGACAUAUGUCAAAAUAACUAGCCUAAAGAAACCCAAAAAAGUAUCUCUCCCGAGCUGAAACUUAAAAAUUCAUAAGUGUAAGAAAGAAUGUGAGAGUAUAUUAAAUGCACACCGUACUAUUAGAUGAAAUCUUACUUGAGAAAUUGCCAUAAGCCAUAUUGCAGAUCCUAUUUUGACUGCUACUGAAUCAGAUUAAUUUCUUGUUAAAAUAAUUUUCAUCAUAAAUCUCCUAUUUUUAAAGCCACUGGUAUUAGAAAUAUUCUUUUAGUGCUGUAUAUAUGUAUCUACUGACACAUUUUUCUCCAUAAAAGUACUUUUAGAAAUUAUUUCAUGAUUUGAAAGCUGUUUCCUGCUGUUAUUUCAUUACUUACUUUGUUGGUGCUAUUGGCUUUUUCUACUUAUUUUACAAGAAACCUGGAGUUUCUGGCUUACUUAAGUCAUCAGAAAUUCCCUGUAUCUAGAUUGCAUCAUCUCAUAGAAACAAACUUCACAAAAGAGAUGAAUAGAUACAACUCUGGUUCCUUCAUUAUAAUUGCCAGAUUAAUAUAAGCUCUUCUAGUGUGUAGGGGAUAGGAGUGGCAGGUGGAGCAGAGAUGCAUCACUUCUCAAAGGAAUGUGACUUUUAAGCUCAGAACUGAAGAAUUAAGAGUUAGCUCAGAAAUGACUGCUUGUAGAGAGAGAAUAACAGUGUGUACAGAGGCCAGAAGACAAAGCAUCCCUACACUGGAUGAGCCAAAGAGAUUUAGGGUGGCUGGAAGAUAGAGCACAAGAAGAGGGAGUGGUAGAGAGAUGGUGGUUAAUGAAGGGCCUUGUAAAACAUGACGUGCCACUUUAAACUUUAUUCCUAAAGGAAAUGGGAAACAAUGAAAAAGUUUCAAUCGGAAGAAUAACAUGAUUAGAUUUACAUUUUACGAGGAUCAAAUAGCAUACUUCAGUUGUCCUUUGUUAUAUGUGGGGGAUUGGUUCUAGGACCUCCUCAGCUAUAAAAAUUGUCACAUAUUCAAGUCUCACAGUCAACCCUGUGGAACCCGCAGAUACAAAAAGUUGGCCCUUUCUAUACGAGGGUUACACAUCCCACUAAUACUAUAUUUUCAUCUGCAUUUAGUUGCGGAUGCAGAACCUGCCAAUACAGGGCCAACUAUAUUUACUGAAAAACUCCACAUAUAAGUGGACCCAUGGAGUUCGAACCCAUGUUGUUCAAGGGUCAACUGUAUUUUGAAUGGUUUAAAACUAUUGUUUUGGACUGAGUUCCUGCACCUAGGCCCCAAUAGACCAGACCAAAGCAAAAUGGAGUCAUUCAUACUAAAUGCCACACAAUCAAACUGAAACUUUAAGGAAAUACAUUGAUCCCCAGACUAGUUUUUUCUCAAAACAGGAGAUUCCAGUCUAUCUGAGCAUAAUGAAGGAAGUCCCCGCUGCUUUAACCUGUACAAAGAAGACGUAAUCUGAAGUAACCUAGUGAUAACUGAUCAGUUUUUAUUUUUCUAUUAUUCUGUUUCCUUGUUCCCAUCCUUACAAAACCCACUGUUCUGCCAUUACCCAGUGGGAAUUUCAUUCUAUUUUGUAGAAUGCAAGUUACCUGAUACAUGAAUCUAGAAUAAAAGCCAAUUAUAUCUGUAA